UGGGUUCACUUCACUGUGAGGCGGGACUUCCUAUCCAAACUGGCCAGAAGUUGAGGUACCAGAAGUGCUUGGUCACAGUAUAUCGCCGGUUUAUCUGAAAGCUUCUAGGCAGCUCAGCUACCUGGUCUGGAAUAUUACGAUGCGGCGGGGAACGUAGGAUCUUAACGGCGAUGCUAACCUGAAGACGCCGCCUUAAAGUCGAGUGAAAAUGUCUGAUGUAAAUAAGACUAUCCAGAAAUGGCACGCGAGCUUUAGGAAAGGAACCGACUUUGAUUCGUGGGGACAAUUAGUGGAGGCAAUUGAUGAGUAUCAAAUACUUGCGAGACAGUUGCAAAAAGAAGUCCAGUCUACAAAUUCAUCAAACUUCACAGAAGACCAAAAGAAAACAUUAGGAAAAUUUGCAACAUGCCUGGAGAUGAGAAGUGCAGCCUUACAGUGCACACAGUCACAGGAGGACUUCAAAUUGGAAGAUCUGAAGAAACUGGAACCUAUUAUAAUAAAUAUCUUGACAUACAACAAAGAUUUCCCUUAUGAUGUGCAGCCAGUACCCUUGAGGAAAAUCCUUGCUCCUGGGGAGGAAGAGAACCUGGAGUUGGAGGAAGAGGAAGAUGCUGCAACUGGUAUGGGAUAUCCAGAAGCCUUUACCUCCAGAGUCCCAGCUUUGCAAGGUACAUUGUUGCCCCGGUUACCCUCAGAGCCUGGGAUGACACUACUCACACUUAAAAUAGAGAAGAUUGGAUUGAAAGAUGCUGGACAAUGCAUUGAUCCUUACAUGACAGUUCGUGUUAAAGAUUUGAAUGGCAUUGAUUUGAACCCAGUGCAGGAUACACCAGUAGCCACCCGAAAAGAGGACACUUACAUUCACUUCAGUGUGGAUAUAGAGAUCCAGAGACAUCUGGAGAGACUACCUAAAGGGGCAGCUAUUUUCUUUGAAUUCAAGCACUACAAACCCAAGAAAAGGUUUACCAGCACAAAAUGUUUUGCCUUUAUGGAAAUGGAUGAGAUCAAACCUGGUCCCAUUGUAAUCGAACUGUACAAGAAGCCCACUGACUUCAAGAGGAAGAAGCUCAACCUCCUGACAAAGAAACCACUCUAUCUCCACCUCCAUCAGACUUUGCACAAAGAAUAAACCAAGAGCAUGGAAAGAACCUUGAAGCUCUUUUUCAACCAUAUUCUACUUUAAAUCAUCAGCUCAGUUUGAUAUACCACCUCCACUCAAGUCAGCAAUACUAAAACCCUGGUCAAAAGGCCUCUUAACUCUGUGACAGUAUGGUGUAAAAAAGGUAAAAUAACUAAUGUUGUUGAAGACAUCUGGUCACAGGAUGAAGGUGGGAGACACAACAGGCAACCCAGCAGAGGAAAAACAAACUACAAACCAGCUACAUCUGCAGUCUUCCUCUGCUCUCUUCUUGCAGGGGCAGAGCCUCGGGUUAAAGAGCCAUGUUCGUUUUUUCAUCGGUGGUGCAGUAGAAGGGCCCAACGCUUCUCUGAUGUUAAAAAUGUUAAGAUGUCAGUAUGUUGUAAAGAACUUUUGAGGUGAAAAAAAUGAGAGGCUGCAUGGAACUUGAAUAGGUUGAAUUCUACUUUUCUUUCAAUGUUGUUCCCAUGACCCAACCCCCUGGUCAGCCUUUCUGCCGUCUCCUAUUUCUAUUAAAAUUCAUUUUUAGAUUUUAUUUUUGUAAUGUCUAAAUAUCAAACUGUAAAUGAAUCUACUAAAUAUACACAAAUCGGUGCAUUUAGUAAUGUGUGGCCUGAGAGCUGUAUGCCAGACUGAGGAUUUAUACAGGACUGUUUUUAAAGAGUAACGAAACUCGCCAAUUUGAGACUUAUUCUCCCCAUUACGUUUUCCAAAACAAUGCCUUCAGAGGAAGAUGCACAUUAUGUUAAUAAUGCUAGCUAGCCUGUUCAAAACAAAACGAUGGAGUGCAAUUGAGAGUUCUUUGAGAUAAAAUGCGACGUUUGCAACUGAAAGGUCAUAUGAUGUUGAGGACUUCAAGCCAAGCUCCCCUUUUAUUUAUGGCCGUGGCUCAAUCAGUCCAGAGUACUGCAUAAGACUGUCUUCAAGUUUUUAACCACUAAGGGGAAAGAUAGGAUGUACCACCAUAAAUGACAAAAUAAUAACACACAAAAUAACUUUAAA